AUGCAGCUUCCUGAGAGCAAGAGCAAGAACAAGAGAAUGGAGGAAGGGCUUCCUGAAAGCAUGAAAACGGAGAGACAGCUUCGUGAAGCAGCAUUGCAAGGGAAUGCGGAGUCCAUGUCCGAUUUGCUUGAAAAAGACAAUCUAAUUCUUGAUAGAGUAGUUGUGGGUUGCAUCAGAGAGUCUCCUUUGCACAUAGCAGCAACCCUCGGUCACGUUGAUUUUGUUAAACUGCUCUUGAGCCGCAAGCCUGAACUUGCACGCCUCAAAGACCUACGAGGACAUACUCCGCUUCACUUGGCAGCAGCAAGAGGGCACCUUGAAAUCGUGAAAGCUUUGCUGGAUCAAGAUUCUGGCCCUGGCCUCUGCCAUGCUCGCGAUACAAAUGGAAUGAUUGCUGCUCUCCAUCUAGCAGCAAUUGAAGGCCAAGUGGAUGCCAUUAAAGAUCUGGUUAUGGAGAAACCUAGAACGAUUCUUCAACUUGUGGGUCGUGGUGAGACCAUUCUGCACCUUUGUGUCAAGUAUGGGGGCUUGAAUGUGUUGGAGCAGCUGCUGGAUUUAAUGAGUAACCCCGAUAAGUCUGUAAACGUCGGGGAUGCUAAUGGUAAUACUACUGUCUCUGAAUUUUUGAAUUUUUCUGUAGCCGACAAGCAGGUUGAGCGCNCUGAGGUUGAGGUAACUGGGGAAAUUGCUGUUGAUACUGAUACUAGGAGACUUGGUGCAGCACGUGUUGUUGAUAGAGCUGAAGAGGGUUCUGGGGGGCCUCUCCUUGGCGAGAAAGGUGCUCCUCCUGACGGCGAGACCUGGCUUGCUGCGAGGUCGGGUGCCAAGGAGGGAGAUGCGGCUGCUGAUGCUGAGGUUGGGGCAGCUGAGGGAAUUGCUGCUGAUAUUGGUACUGGGAGAGGCCUGGCUCCUAGGAGGGUUCUGGGGGAAGAGGCCUAG